AUGGAGCAACUCGUAAAAAAGAUUUGGCCCUGGAUCCCGAAGGGAUCGAUCACUUCCAUCGACAGAGAUACUCUCAAAUCAGAGCGCCCAACCUUCACUUGCAAUGACGAGACAAUCAACUACGCGAUGUACCAUCUAUGCGCCUACGACCCCAUUCUGGGGAACCUCCUUUGCGUCGGGGACAAUGUGCCCGUCGUUGUGCUUACGCGCGGUCGUCGACGUGCGGUACUGCCAGUGCGAAAAGGUCUGCGAUGGCUAGACGUUCAUAUAUUUGCCGGAACUUCGAGCUUUCUGUUGUUGUCUCCAGAGUGUCUACUGCUUGUCGACUUCACAAGACGCCAUUCCCCCUCCGCACUUUUUUCUUCUGGCAAAGCUGGGGCAUUGUUUGCAUGUCUCCAUGUUCCACAAGGUAUGACGUGGGGGGUAGUUGGGUGCCGAGGUGGAUCCGUCAUGUAUUGGAAACUGAAGGAGGAGGCGGGCUCGGUGAGUUUGUUUUGGGCAGCAAUGGCAGCUGAUCCACUUGAGUUUUGUCGUCCUUUUCUUCCGACUCCAAUGCCUCCAUCGUGUGGGCAUAUAUAUUCUAUAGACUCCAACCCGACGAGUCCAAAUAUCCUUGUGGCAGUGCUCUCAGGGGUCAAUGGGGUCUGCAAGUGGCACAUGGAUGAAAAUUGCUUGAGUGGCUUCUACCGUAUGCCGAAUCUCAAUACAAGCAUGUCUCUCAAGGCUUGCAGGAUGACCCCAGGGGGGGUGUAUAUUGUUGCGAUCACAUGUGAUACUUCCACUAUUUUCAUAUGGUCCGAUGGAGGAAAAAAGACAAAGAACAAGUCUGUGGAGGUAUUCUGGACGUUAAAGACUGGAUGUCGCUUACCUUUUUCUCCUGGGAAUAGUGGCAGAGAAGAAGUGAACGAGAGCGAGAUUGAGGAUGCACCGUGCGGCAUACACAUUGCACGUAGCGCUUGCUCCUCUUCGCAGGCGCAAUCGGACAAAAAGUGCCAAAUGCAUCUUCUUCUCCACUCUGCGGGGGAAUUGGUGGAACUGGUGCUUGAUGUGGAGGGGAGACAGCUUCUCCAGAGAGC